AUGGACACACCUGCUGAAGUUUUGGAAUAUGCAGCCGCCAUCAACGACAUACGUCUGGGCUCCUGCGUCGCACUCGCCUUGCUGUCGUACGACUACGUUCUAACUUUCCGACAAGAAGUUCUCUACGUCUGGUUUGCACCCUUUAACUUCGGGAAAUUUAUCUUUCUUGUUAUUCGCUACCUUCCGUGGUUGGAUCAUUGUGCGAUCUUGCUUGAGGUGACACUUCCUUAUCCCAUAGCCAACUUGUGCCGCAUAGCUUCCUAUUGGCACUACACCUGCUGCGUUCUCGGCGCUCUCCUCGCGGACGGGGUGAUCGGCCUCCGUACCUGGGCGAUCUGGGGCCGCACCCGCGUAGCAGCAGCAUUCGUCCUACUCUCAUGGAUCGGGAUGGCUGUCGCAGGAAUCUAUUAUUUCUCGUUGUAUCAAACCGGUGGUAUCACCUACGAGCCACUCCCCCCUGCAACACCUCAGAUCUUUGGGUGCCACUUUACAGUGGGCGGGUCCGAUGCCUCGUUCAAGAUGUAUCUCGCCCUCGGGAGCUACCAAGUCGUAAUCUUCCUCGCCACGGUCAUCCGAGGGUCUCAUCAUCUUCGUAACCAUCCUGCUCACGUCAUGAGUAUCAUGUACCGGGAUGCGUUCUUAGCUUCUACAUGUCUCUUCAUUAUCGUAGCAUCAAACAUGAUCCUCGCCCUUACAGACUCCAGCUGGCAAUACGGCCUCAUCGUAAUCUACCGAGCCUUCCUCGCCGUCCUCCCUGCAAGGAUCAUCCUCAACAUGCGGGAAGCGUCUAUGUCUGUUACUGGGGAGGGGAGUGCGCUUGAGCCGCCGAAGAUCCCUUCCCCCCCCUCGACGAGACAGCAGAGCAGGAAUGUCAGCCAGGCUGAGCUGGCUACCUCUGUUUAA